GUGGUCUGAAUAUGGCCAGCCCAGCCCCUGGGGCUGCUCUCUAACCUUCCUGCUGCUCUCAGGGCCAAGCAUUCCAGAGCCUCCAAUCCCAGCCUCCAGUCUGUCAGCUGGUGGAGCAUCCUCCUUGCUCAGCUGGCUCAGGUCUUAUUAGUCAACAUGGCUGCCAGGAGGGAGACUGUUCCAAGUGAGUGCAUGCAAGAUGGGAGUCACAAGUCAGUCCUCCUACAGAAAAGCAGCUACCUGGGCUCUGAGGCUGCUGUGGACAGCGAUAGCCAGGACACAGCCAGUGCUGAGCUGGCACUGUCAGCAGCCCCAGACAAGCUGGCCCAAACGGUGCACUGGAAACAGGGACAGAGUGCAUUCAAGGAAGUACAUUGGCUCAAGAGGAAACUGGUGGGUAUGCAGACCCAGGAGAUGGAUCAUACUAAGCCCCAGAAUCUGGCCCAGGACAUACCCAUUGGCCCAGGUGCUAGCUCAGACUUCUCUGUGUGGCCCAGCAGAAAUCAUGGGGAGCAAAGAAGUGCUUUCAGCAAACCAGCCAAGAGUCCAGCAGGAAGAACCAGGCUGACCUCUGUCUUCCAGGCAGGUAGGCCUGCAGAUGCCUUGGGGGAGUUGCUGGGACUCAUCAACACAGUAGACCUCCCGUGUUGGGGUCGACUUUCAAAUUCCAUGCUCCUUGUGGGUGAUAUCUGGAACUUGCAGACAUUGCAUCAAAAUGUCCCUCUCUAUACUAACCCUUUCCUGGGUGCACCCACACUGUGGCUCAAGAACAUCACUACACAGACCCCCACACCAUCACUGUCCACCUCGACCACUGCCUCUUGGGCCCUCCUGCCACCCACGUUUACGUCCUUGAGUCUGUCCACUCAGAACUGGUGUGCAAAGUGCAACCUCUCCUUUCGCUUGACCACUGACCUUGUCUUGCAUAUGCGGUCCCACCACAAAAAGGAGCAGGUGCGACCCAACCUGUACUCUACGAAGCUGAGGGGAGAAGCCCUCUCCUGCCCUAUGUGUCAUGAAUACUUCCAAGAGCGCCACCAUCUCUCCAGACACAUGACUUCUCACAGCUAGCAGGCAGCUCUAGAGAAGAUACCUAUUUCCGGCAUCCAGCAUCUGGAAGUGAGACAGCUUGGGCUUGCUUGACUUGCCUCUGCACUCUGGUCACAAUGGUCUACAAGGCUAUCACCAUUGGAACUAGAACAUGGACAACUUAGUCAAAAUAUGAAAGAGACAACCAAGGCCUUGUGAGGUAUUUUAAAGUCCAUCAUGUCAUAAAAUAGAAUGAUGUCCUUUGCUAGUCUAGGGGUGGGAUGACCAAAGCCAGCGAGUAUUUCUGGCAUCCUCAAAAGUAGGGGCUCUGUUCCUGUCUACUUUCCUUCUGCUCCAGAUGGAGAAAAAAACACUUUUUUAAACACUAGAAGUAGAGAAGCCUGCAUUCAAAUGUUAACUUUUCAUAAACUAACCAUGGCCUUGAACUAAUUGGUUAUAACCACAUUUUCCUGUCUUUUAAUUGGAAGUAAUUGUCCCUUUACCUUAGGGCUAUUUUUAGGGUUACAUAAAAACUAGCCAGCAUGAUGCCUAGUAUUAAUACAUUAUGAACACUGAAUAAAUGAUACUUAUCCAAUGGGUUAGUUAACCUAAAGCAGAUCUCAGUUGAAAAAUACCUAAAGUAUCUUUUUUUUUUUUUUUUUUUUUUCAAAUCAUGGACCUAGGGGUUGACUGAAGUUGAGUUGGGCCUGGAUAACUGACUCCAGCUCAUAUGGUCAUCCAGAUCAACAUAUUUUUCUCGUGACUAUAGCUAGUGUACAAAAGGUCAAGAGCAAAUGCACAAGUACAUCUUAAGCCUGUCCUUGGAUCACUUCCACCAGCAUCCCCUUUGCCAAUGCAAAUCACACUACAGUGUACAUCGUGCUCAUGGUGAAUCCUUGAUAAGAGAGUGAGUGGAUAAUUCCAUUUCAGGGCUGGAAUAAAUGAAGCUCACCACCUAGCCCACAGUUCUUUUUUUUUAAAGUUUACUUAUUUUCCCUUUUGUUGCCCUUGUUGUUUUUUAUUGUUGUUGUAGUUAUUAUUACUGUUGUUGUUGAUGUCAUCGUUAUUCGAUAGGACAGAGAGAAAUGGAGAGAGAUGGGGAAGACUGAGAGGGGGAGAGAAAGAUAGACACCUGCAGACCUGCUUCACCGCUUGAGAAGUGACUCCCCUGCUGCUGGCGGCUUGAACCGGGAUCCUUAGGUCAGUUUUUGUGUUCUGUGCCACUUGCACUUAACCAGCUGCGCUACUGCCUGACUCCCUAUCCCACAGUUCUUCACAUUUCAAAUAUGAAAAGGAAAAAAAAAACAUGGAGUGACAGACUCACCCCUUAGUUUACAGGAAUUGAGUAUGUGCAAGGACUGCAACCUUUAAAUUUUGUGAAGUCUUUGAGAGUUCUGGGUACCACUUACUAUAGACAACAUGCUCAGUUUUUCUCAGUGACUUCUCUGUUUAUCCACAUGUGUUCUUGUUCUAAUGAUGCAAACUCACUGAUAUAACAGACUGCUUUGUGUGAAAACCAUUUGUUGGGAGGUUUUUUUUUUUUUUUUUUUUUAUGGUUCAGUGUAGUCUUUUCAACUGGUACUCCCCGUCCCCUUACUUUCAGGGUUUGUUACUGACCUCAAGUUUCCAGGAAUCAGGUGGGACCUUUGUUAUAAAAGUCAGGCUUGUUGAAAAUGAGCUAGUAGGGACCUCAGACAAAAACUGGAGGAUCAUCCAAACAUUUGGUCAAGCCCCACAUCUACUCUCUCUGUCCAGAGCAGUAACUUGUCCCACCUACCCCUACCCCAUCAUCCUGUCUUUCAUCCUCCCCCUGCCCUCAGUCUAUCUCCAUCCAUUUAUCAUUCCCAACUGUACUGGGCUCUGGGUAACAGGGACUUAGGGAAGCAGGGAGAAGCACAGUGAAUUGAACCACUGCCCUCAGGCUGUGAGAUGAUGAGAAUAAUGAGAGUACAGUGUGACAGAUGUCAGGCCGAGGUCCAUGCUGGAAUGAUGCAUGGAUAGGGUGAUGCCCAAGUCAAAACUGUGGCUAGAGAAGGAGAACAGGACCCUCAGAUACUUCCCUCUUGGGAAGUGGAGACAUGUUGAAAUGAUUCCAACUCUGAGGGCGUGACUGAGGUGCAGCAGGCUCCAGAACUGCAUCCCAAGGUACUGCAUGGCCUAUGUAAGAAAAGAAAGGAGUCAGGGAGGAGCCCUGGAGAUAGGGAGGGGGGAAGGUGUCAAAGGGCAAGUGUUUGGAUCAGGACACUGGAUGACUCUCUCUCUCUCUUUCUUAAUUUUUAAAUUAUUUAUUAUUCAAUAGAAACAGAGAAAAAUUGAGAGGAGAGAGAAGACAAAGAGGGAAAGAGACAGAGAGAUACCUGCAGCUUUCCCUCUGGGAGUGGGGCUUGAGCCUGGGUCCUUGUGCACUAUAAUGUGUGUGCUUAACCAGAUGUAUCAGCUCCGGACCCUGGAUGUGUGUCUCUCAAAGACACAUCCAAGAAACCUCUAGUUGCCGUGAAAAGGGUGGACUAGAGGAGAGAGACCUUCCCAUACUUUCCCUCUGUAUCUGGAAGGAUUUGGUGGUGCUCCCAGGUGGCCCCACCAGAGCCAGCUUGCUGUUUUCCAAAAGGCUUGGAGGCCCCCAUUCUCCCUGAGGAAACUUGGAACAACAGCUCUGCAGUCUGACCCUUUCGGAAGAUAUCUGUAGGUUCAAUUUGCCUGCAGAGAGGCCUUGACAAGUAGCCAGUUGGAGCUUCCUGUCAGAAAGAGCAUCUCCUAGAGUGUGAACGUGAGACUUCACACUCUACACUGGACUUAACAUUAUACACUUUAAUUCAUAAACCAUGCCUGGGAGGAGGAGGCAUUUAAUUGUCAUUUUACUGCAGAAGAAACCGACCUUACAGAGGUCAACUGAUUCUCAUAAGAUCAGCAGUUCAGGAGAAGCAGUGCAAGAAGACCCCAUGACCACUUGACUUUGAGCAUUUGUCCUUCAAAGCCUGCAACAUGUCUGCUCUGCCUGUCCAAGUAUGGUCAAGAAACAUCAUGUGUGGUUUAAAAACUGGAACUUAGAACCAAACUAUGACCUCCUGCCUAAAACUAAUAUUUUCCUACACACUCCCCCCUUAGCCCCUCCCUGUUUCCUACUAUCCUUGAACACUUUUCACUGUAUUAUAUACUAUGAUUUUUUGUUGUUUGUUAUUCUGCUCUCCCCACCCCUUCCCCUGCUCCACCCUGGCCUUAAUGGCUAGUCUUGCUUCCUAUGUCUUCCAACGGUAAAAGUAAGCCCCUUGAGGGGUUUUGCUGUUUUUCUUGUUGUUAUAUUCCUGGCAUCUAGAGCACCAUGGUGCAAAUAAGGUGUUCAACAGGCAUAUACUGAAAGAAUGAAUGGGAUGCCAGGUUCCAGCCUUCUGACAAAUCUAAACUUGGUUUCGUUUAUUUUCUUCUCUUCUCUUCUCUUCUCUUCUCUUCUCUUCUCUUCUCUUCUCUUCUCUUCUCUCUCUCCCCCUACCCUCUCUGUCUCCAGGGUUAUCGCUGGGGCUCAGUACUGGCACUAUGAAUCCACUGUUCCUGGAGGCAUUUCUUUUUUCUUCUUUUUUUUUUUUCUCUUCAUUUUAUUGAAUAGGACAGAGAAAUUGAGAGAGGAAGGAAAAUAGAGAGGGAGAAAGAUAGUUGUCUGCAGACCCACUUUGCUGCUUGUGAAGUGCCCCCCAACCCCAAUGCAGGUGGGAGUCAGGGGCUCAAACCCAGAUCCUUGAGCAGGUCCUUGCGCUCAAGUACUAUGUGCACUUUACAGGAUGUGCUGCCUCUCAGCCCCCUCAAAUUAGUUUCUUAAAGGGAUUUGGAUAUCUGUAAAAUGGUAUAUGCAGCUCUCUUCUGGCUAUAGAAAGGUUCUACAGUUUCUGUGAAUUCAUUUUGAAAGUUCUAAAUAUAUCAUAACCUUAGAACUCUAAAUAGUAUGUUUUAUAUCUAU